AUAGCAUCGAUCGCCAGACCCCGCCGUCACCAACAACUCUAUCAUUAAUUGAUACGGUAUUGCCGUUCCUCUUCAGCCUUCAAGAAACACCCCCUUUGUAUCACAAGCACCCUUUAGGCGGACCUUUGUUCUUGUCAUCCCUUGUCCGCGAAUACCACCGCCUUCUCCUCGACAGCAUCGGGCGUAGAUACGACAUCGGCGCCAAAAUGCAGCGCUCAAUCUACCCAGCGAAGACCCCCCCGCUCCACCAUCCGGUCCCUCAAAAGCCCGUGACGGUUCCGGUCAUGCACUCACCACCACCGCCGCCCUCGUCGUCGAACUCUUACUACUCAUCCCCCUACGACGCUCCUACAAGCUACUCCAACGGUGCAAGCCUCCACCCAAACUCCGCAGCGUACCCUUCAUGGGGCGGCGGCGGCGGGCCUAGCGGCUUCCUGGCGGACCCAACAGCACAGAUGGGCCUGUCGGUUGCGAAGGCCGCAAUGUCGGGUGGAACGGACUAUGCCGAGAAAAACGUAACCUCGCCCAGCUCCCUCCAUCCAACUCCUUAGCGGCAAGAAAGGGAAGGGAAAGGAACAAGAAGGAGACUGACAUGGAUGCCAGAUCAACCGCUACUUAUCCGCGCUGCGGCCAUACUUUGCCGUAACGAAUACAUACGUUUUGCAGAAGCUGCGGUUGCUGCUGUUCCCGUACCGGCAUACUCCGUGGUUCCGCGUCUCUUCCACCCGGUCAUCCACCACUCCCGGUGGCCCGCUGGAGUACUACUACCUGCCCCCGCGCGAGGACAUCAACUCUCCGGAUCUAUACAUCCCUGUCAUGUCCAUUGUCACAUAUAUCCUCCUAAACUCCUUUAUCUCGGGGAUUUCGGGGAAUUUUCACCCCAAGCAGCUCGCCCAGACGGCUUCUACCAGCUUUGUCAUCAUGUUGUUCGAGAUCGCAAUCAUGAAGCUGGGGGUCUACUUGCUGAGCAUUAGUAAUGGGAAUGGAGAAGGCCAGCUGCUGGAUCUAUUGGGGUACUCGGGGUAUAAAUUCUUUGGCGCCAUUAUGACGAUCCUGAUCGGAGAGGUGCUGGGGCAGAGUGGGUUUCUUGGCUGGUCCGUGUUUCUGUACUUUUUCGCGGGGAACGCUUUCUUUUUGGUAUGGAACACGCUCAUGCCCCAAUCUACCUAAGUCAAUGCCACUAAUAAUCUCGCAGCUCCGAAGCUUGAAACACGUCCUCCUCCCAUCAGAAAAUAAUCCACAGGAAGGCAGGGGAGUAUACACCUCCUCCUCUACCGUCCCUAGAAUCCAAAGAAAAAAGAGAAGGACAUGGUUCUUAUUCUUCUACAGUUACGUCGUGCAAUUCCUCUCCGCUCUCAUCUUAACCUCAGGUGUUGGGAAAGGGGCAUAAAAUAAAACAAAAACAAAAACAUUUCCACUCUCUAUAUAACGGUUUCACGAAAUUGGAAGGGGGUCGGUCGGUGUGUGUGUGGGCGGGUGGGUGUUGAGGGGGAUAAUAUACUGCAUUGCGUUUUUGGUGUUACUUGUUCGGUUCAAUUCGGUCUUGGUUUCACCAAAGAAUAAUUCUAGUCAUUGUCUUGUCCGUCCUUCUUCUUAUCCUGUCACCGUAGCUCAUCCUCCCUUCUCUCCACUUUGUACUCGAGUACAUGACAUAAACACCCU